AAAAUGGCCUUCAGUGAUCUUACAUCGAGGACUGUGCGUCUUUACGAUAAUUGGAUCAAAGAUGCUGAGUAUACGAGUACCUUGCUACCUGAACUCUCAUGAUUUGAACUUGGGAAGCAAGCAGAUUUGGGUACCUUUUUCUGAAAUAGAUCUGUUUGGAAGAACAGAUCCCUUGCUAUCCAACGCUUGCUAUUCACUAUCUCAAAUGCAGGAACCCAAGAGACUCCAAUAAUCAAUAUCCUAACUCAAGAGCCAAAUAGAUUCAGAUGACGAUGGAUAUCUACAUAAUGCUGGAAAAGAUGGAGUCUGCGUUAAGAUUGCUGCCGUUCGGAACCUUUAAUACUUCACAAAGUACUAGAGAUCCAAGAGUUGAAGACUGGCUCCUCAUGUCCUCGCCUCUGCCGCAAACCAUCAUCCUGGGACUCUAUGUCUAUUUUGUCACUUCUCUGGGACCAAAGCUCAUGGAGAAUCGAAAGCCAUUUGAACUCAAGAAAGCGAUGAUAACGUACAAUUUUUUCCUAGUACUCUUUUCUGUGUAUAUGUGUUAUGAGUUUGUGAUGUCUGGCUGGGGUACAGGUUAUUCAUUUCAAUGUGAAAUUGUUGACUAUUCACGGUCGCCUGCAGCAUUGAGGAUGGCACGCACCUGCUGGCUUUAUUACUUCUCAAAAUUUAUUGAGCUGUUUGAUACUAUCUUUUUUGUUCUGCGUAAGAAGAAUAACCAAGUGACUUUCCUGCAUGUCUUCCAUCAUACCAGCAUGCCGUGGACCUGGUGGUUUGGAGUCAAAUUUGCUGCAGGUGGUUUGGGAACAUUCCAUGCCUUUCUAAAUACAGCUGUACAUAUAGUCAUGUAUUCCUAUUAUGGACUGUGUGCACUGGGACCAGCUUACCAGAAGUAUUUGUGGUGGAAAAAAUAUUUGACAUCAUUACAGCUUGUCCAGUUCAUUAUUGUCACCAUCCACAUGGGACAGUUCUUGUUCCUGGAGGACUGCAAGUACCAGUUUCCAGUCUUUGUGUACGUGAUUUUGAUUUAUGGUUGCAUCUUUCUGCUGCUCUUUCUCCAUUUUUGGUACCACGCUUACACCAAAGGUCAGAGGCUGCCCAAAACUGUGAAAAAUGGAAUCUGCAAAAACAAAGAUCACUGAAAUUCAAGCACAGCAUGAAUCGAUAGAUGAGACUGCUAUCUUGUCUCCCUUGACAAUCAAGAGAUAUUUCCAUGUGUAGUGCAUUUUGUAUAUUUUUCAAAACCAAGAGCUUGUAUUUUUAUGAUAAGUUAUUGGGGUUUCUGAUAUUUGAGAGCCCAAAGCUCCCAGAUAACAGAGUCUUCUGAUAAUUAGAGCCUGAAGCAGCCAGGUUUUCAGCUGCUUUUAAACCUAAUCUAAAGGUUUUAUUUAAUACAUUUUGUUACAAUGAAAGGAGGAUAUGAAACAGUACAGUACUUUUCAAAGAAGUCCGGUAUAGAUGAAAAAUAUCAUUCGAUAUUUUGAGCACGGACAGAGAUCCAUGCCGUACAAUAGAUUCCUUCUGCCAGGUCUGGAAACCUGUAACGUGGUAUCUGGCUUGGUUGCUUGUUGACUAUAUUCAGAAAACACUAUAUUUAUUCUUGAGUUAAAUUCCCAUUCUAAAGAGCUAACACAGGGAACAGUCCAGUGAAUUUUUGGUAAGUUGUCAUUUAAAAUCACUAACAGUGGGGCUGGCCCAGUGGUGCAGUGGUUAAGUUCAUGCGCUCCACUUAGGCAGCCUGGGGUUUGCAGAUUCAGAUCCUGGGCGUGGACCUAUGCACCGAUUAUCAAGCCAUGCUGUGGCAGGUGUCCCACAUAUAAAGUAGAGGAAGAUGGACACAGAUGUUAGCCUACGGCCAAUCUUCCUCAGCAAAAGAGGAGGAUUGGCAACAGAUGUUAGCUCAGGCCUAAUCUUCCUCACCAAAAAAAAAAAAAAAAUCACUAACAAUGAUUUUUAAUGGAUCUCUUGAGUAGCUGGCAGUUUUGCUGGUAAGACUAACUCACAACGCUUUUGUUGUAUAAACUGUUCAAAAGUAAAAAUCCUUUCAGUUAGUAUAUCAAUGCACCUGACACGAAGGUUAAAUUAAUAUUUUGAAAACAAGGUGAUUUGUUCUAAUGGCUUAAUGAACACUUUGCUAUUACUGUUUUGCAAUUAACUUUGUAUGUUUCUGGGAAGAGGUGAAUUUGUCAAUGGAAAAAGUACCCUGUAGUUCAGUGGGAAAAAUCUGUUGUCAAUUGUAUUAUAAUGUCACUUUCUCAUAUUGUCAUGGUUUAAAGGAUUAUCUUGGUUAAAGAUACAUUGGUUAAGGGCUGGCCCAGUGGCAUAGUGGUUAAGUUUGUGUGCUCCACUUUGGCGGCCCGUGGUUCGCCAGUUUGGAUCCCCGGCGCAGACCUACACAUUGCUCAUCAAGCCAUGCUGUGGUGGCAUGCCACAUACAGAAAAUAGAGGAAGAUAGGCACAGCUGUUAGCUCAGGGCUAAUCUUGCUCAGCAAAAAGAGGAAGAUUAGUAACAGAUUUUAGCUCAGGGCUAAUCUUCCUCACCAAAAUAAAAAAGAGUAUAAUUAAUAAAAUAACAUUGAUUUUCAAAAAAAAAAAAAAAGAUACAUUGGUUAGAUGUGUAAAUGUUCGUAUCAUUAGCAUACUACAGAUACCCUUAAAUCAUGAAUGAUUUUUUGUGUGUGUGUGCCAAAGCGGAGCUCGCGCACUUAACUGCUACGCCACUGGGCCGGCCCCUCAUGAAUGAUUUUUGACCAUCCAUCACACAGUUUCCAAAGAUGGGUUCAAGUGGCUUGUGAAGCAACUGGAGGCAAAUGGUGACACAGAGAUUGUCCAGGGAAGAUUUGGUUAUAUAAGGGUCUCUCUCAAUAGAGAGAGAGAGAGAGAGAGACUACAUAAUAGUUAUUCUUAUAGAUAUACUGCAUGAAGAAAUAUUUUCCAGAAUUAUAAAUUAAUUAACAGCCUGGAUUUCUUUUUUUUUGAACUUAUAAACUAUACUACAGUGAAGGACUGAAACUCAUUUUGCAUAGAUUUUGUUUCUUUAGAAUUGCUACUUUCUAAAAUUCUCUUGCUCUCACAUUUUCUUGUUGGAGAACCCAAACUACUGGUCAAUAGAAUUUUAUUCAAGAAACAGCAAUAUUUGGACAUGUCUGAAUUUUUCCUUAGUGCAUCUUUUUUCUUGUUCUAUUUAUACUCGAUUUUGAAGAACUGCUUUUGCUCGUAUGACUUUAAACAAUUAAUACUGACGGGUUCUAGCUACUGUGUUACACACAGUGAUACUUACUGUACAACAAAGCCUGAGUUUUCAAUCACCGUCAACUCCUGUAGUUCUGUGUCUCUCCUAAUCCAUUCAUCUAUACCGUGGCCUUUUCUCUUCACACUUACCAGAUUCAUAAGGUUAUUUGCCUUUAAGUGACCUUUAGUGAUUUUGCUUGCUUACAAUAUGAGAAGAUGAGAGUUGAUAAACGGGGAAAAUUACAUAUUUUUUUAAAUAAAGAAUAAAGAACUGGAGAGUAGAGCUAAAAAGAAACAGCAGCUCUAGUUUAUGUCUCUGAGGGUCUCAGGGUGCCUUAAGUGUUUUCCUGUUUUGGCUCUUCAAAUCCAACCUGUGCUAAAAUGAGAAGGUAUAGUAGGAGGUGUUAUACAUACACACAAAUCCCAAAGAUUCCCAAAGUAAGGUAAAGACCAAAAUGAAGCAAAAAUAAAAGAAGAUAAAACAAAAGAGUUGGAUUGCUUUUCUUGCAUACUUUCUGGCCUGCAUUGUACGACCUCUCCUAACCUCCCUGUAGUCUUUAAAAUGUUUGACUUGCCAAUGAGUUAACAGCAACAUGUUACAUAAUUCUAAAUUGUAUGAAUGGAAGUGGAGAGCUAGAAUGUUACAUGAAAAGAAAUCACAGCAAACAGAAGCAUCCUCCAUAUAAACAUCAGUAGAUCAAAAUGAAUAUCACUGGAUGUAGGGUUUGUAUGGGCAACGUUUUAUUAAAGGGCUCUAUGGAUCACGUGGAGUUUCUAUUAGGGUUCCAUCCCACUCUUCAGGACUUUAUUGCCUUUAGGCUUGCUAUCCUAACAAAUAAAGAGCCCAGUUACAAAGUCUGGUUUAUGGCAUAAAACUCUAUGAAUCCUUGAGAACCUAUAUCUAUAUUAUAAAUAAAUACAAAUGCAAAAUUUUAAAUAUAUGGGACAUUGCCACUUUACAGUCUUAACUGAGUAGAAUUCUUAAUUGAAUAGACUACAUUGUUGUAUAAAUUAUAAAAUUAUGAGGUUACAUUUCCUCAAUUAUCCUUUAUUUCUGUUAAGUGUUUAAAGACUGGAAAAUUCCAGGGAUAUCAUCAAAGUUUGGGUUUUGUGUGUGUGUGUGUUAUAAUAAAUUUGUGGUAUUACAUGUA